AACGUAAAGGACCGUUUGAGCGUACGGGUAAUUGACAAAGUCAAAAUACCCGUGAAGUUCACGGCUCAUGGUAUUGACGUUGUGUGCCGUUUUGGAGACGUUGGUGUCAAUCCGAGAGAGAGUGGCGGUUAAGGCUGCCAUUUGCUCGGCGAGAGAAGGAUUGGUUGAAGUGGUGGCGGCUGAGGCAGUGGCUCUCGAUUGGUCGAAACGGAGUCUCGUCGGUGCCCGAGUGGAAAGAGGAUUCAUCAAUAUCCCAAUGCUUUGUCCCCUUUAUCUUUGGCCCAACAUUGGUUUUGAUGUUAUGUUCUUCAAGAAUCGCCAUGACAAGGAGGGCGUAGAGCAGCGGCCGAUUGUCGGAGGUGGCUGUGAACAUGUGAGUCAUCCCAAAUUUACACCAAUUGAGAUUGGCGUUGUGAAUCAUCGCAUGAAUUGUCUUCGUGUCCUCCUGGGAGAGAGUGGUGUGAUUGAACUUCCUGAGCUUGAGAAUCCGUGUCAAAACAUAAAAAAUGAAUCGAAACACGGGGCUCAUGGAAGCAUUCGUAGGGCGCCGCUGUUGGGGAGUGGGUACGAAGUGUCGAAUGCCCACUUCCUCCAAGAGAGCGGUCUCAUUGAACCGUGCUCCUUCUUCUCCAACGUAGAGCCCGAGAUCCUGUCCAUCUUGGCGAAGCCCGGUGAGAAUUUGAAUGUUCUCCUCAUUCAAAUAGAUGUCCACUCCGUUGACGUUAGAGAUCAAAGCUCCGUCCUCAUCCUUUUUCAAGUUCGAGUAGAAAGCUCGAACAAGAAAGGGUUGAUAAUUGACCUUCUUGAUGUAGAGGAGAUCGAGGAAGUUUCCACGUUCGAGGAUAAUCCGUGCUUCACGUGGAAUGGAGUCAUGAAUGAAGCGGGCGGUGGAGAAUCGGGGAGGGAGAAUUUCCCGAUGCUCAAACUUUUCGGGGAACCGCAUCGCCUCUUCGCGGUCGUUGAACCAAAGGAACGACCCGUCGAGAUACUUGUGCGCCGGUGGUGGAGGAGCCGAAGAGGAAGCAACGUUCUUGCCGAAGAUUCUGGGUUUUGGCUGCAAAGACUGGUAAUCGAUUAUUGCAAAGCUGAUAAUCGAUUAUUACGUGCUUCAGAACUUUGGAAGUUCAAAGCUGUAGGGGCUGAUAGUCAAUUGUCACUAAGAUCGUUUCCCGCCACUCUCGACGGGCUGGCGUCUGAGUGGUUCAAUGAACUGCCGGAGGGGAAGAUUGAUUCUUGGGAAGAUUUGGCGCGAAGGUUCCUAGUACACUUCGCCGGCAACAGGAAAAAGAAGUUGCAUUUCUCGCACCUCCUGUUAGUCAGACAGAGGCCGGAUGAGCCGUUGAGGGAAUUCCUGCCGAGAUGGAAGCUGGAAACCACCAGAGUUUACGGAGCGGAUGACAAAACCAAGUUGUCCACCUUUCAUCUGGUCCUACGAUCAGGUGACUUCUCCAAGCUCCUGGCUUUGGAGAAGCCAAGGGAGUAUUCCAUCGCGCUGGCCAUGGCAGAGGAUGAAGCCGAAGCAGAAGAGUUGGAGACUAACAAGAAGAAAGAGGAGGCAGGAAGACUCGGACCCAUUCUGAUGGCAGCAAAGCCUACCCCGAGGAAGGUCACUAUUGAUGAGCGGCCGCAUUUGCCAGCCGGACAUCGCUUCCGAAAGGGUAGAGAUCCGCGUGACCGACGGUCAUUCGGAAAAGAUGUAUAUGAGGAAGGGGCCGAGGACAUGAAACCCUAUCCCCCAGAGGUCCCAAGCUGUUAUUCCCAGAUGAGCUUACACCUCUUACACAUCCUAUUUCACAGAGCAGCCGGCCAUUACACGGAUGCUUGUAAGGUCCUCAAGAGGGAGAUCGAGACCUUGAUCCAAGCCGGGUACCUGAGACAGUUCGUCAAAAAAAAGAACACCUGGCGCAAGGACGAUGGAAAGAAAGCCGCGGAUAACCGAGGGAAGAAACCAGCGGGAACCCAGCAGAAGAAGAGGAAGGAGAUAGGCCUUCCGAGAGACAUCAUCGAUUCUGAGGGCCUGAUCGAGGUGAUGGUCACCUUCAGUGAUGGAGAACACAAAAAGACCAUCCCAGUCGAAUUCAUGGUGGUGCGACUCCUGGGAUCUCACAACUUGAUUUUGGGCCGGCCUGCACUAGAAGACCUCGAUUCCGUGACGUCGGUAAAGUACCUAUGCAUGAAAUUCCCAACUGAUUCGGGAGUGGGAGUGUGCAGAGAAAAGAAGAAGCUCGCCCGGCUCUGCUACCAAAAGCAGACGAAGAAGAUGGAUGCCCAGGAUCUGAGGGUGGACAGAAUUGCCACAACACUGCUGAAGGAGGAAGAAGGACGUCCUCGAGCUGAACCAGCCGAGGAAAUAGAAGAUGUGGUGAUAAUGGAGGAGCAGCAGGAGAGGAAGAUCAAACUCGGUACCAACAUCAGUGCCGGGCUUCGUUCAAAAAUCAUUCAGGUGCUCAGGGAGAACUUCGUGGUAUUCGCGUGGAGUGUCGAGGAUAUGCCUGGAGUCAGCAAGUCUCUAAUCACCCAUCACCUCGCGGUGGGAGCGGAUGCAGAGCCUGUAAAGCAAAGAAGGCGACAUUUGAGCAAAGAUCGGAGGGAUUUUGUGAAGAAGGAAGUGGACAUGCUCCAAGCAGCAGGGCAUGUCAAAGAGAUAAAAUACCCCACCUGGAAUCCAACAGCCUCUAACAGGGUCAUCAAGUGGUCUGUCUAUCUGAGCCAAUAUCAGAUAGAGAUGAAGCCGAGGACAGCGAUCAAGGCCCAAGCCUUGGUCGAUUUCAUGGUGGAAUACACGGCACGGGACAACAAUCCCACGCCAACGGCCGAACAGGGCGAGUGGUGGACUUUGUCCACUGAUGGAUCAUCGGCUGCAAAGGCUUGUGGUGGGGGCGUAGUAAUCCAAUCACCUGAAGGAUUCCGCUCAUACCACGCAAUAAAAUUCCAAUUCAAAGUGUCCAACAACGAAGCAGAAUAUGAAGCACUGCUGAGCGGCCUGAGGAUCAUCCUCAACCUAAAAGCCGAGUACGUCAGGAUUAGGUGCGAUUCGCGCCUGGUCGUCAAUCAGAUCAAAGGAGAAUUUGACACCAAGGAGGAGCGGAUGCGCUUGUACAAGGAGGCAGCCCUAGAAUUGCUCAAGAUCCUCAAAGGAUACGAGCGGGUGCAAAUCCCGAGGGUGGAGAGUACCGAGGCCGACGUCCUCUCCAAGCUAAGCAACGAUAGCCCCGAGCACAUCUCCAAGAUGGCUCACAUUGAAGACCUGGGGUCUCCAAGCAUUCAUGUGCAGUUCAUUUCUGUUAUCACUAAGGAAAUCAACAUAGAUAAUGGGACCCAGUUCGAGGCUGGAGAUUUCAACGAACUUCUGCAAGAUUGGAAGAUAAAACACACUUACAGCUCUGUGGCUUACCCUCAGGGGAACGGCCAAGUAGAGAAUGCCAAUCGGACGAUCAUGGACGGGAUCAAGAAGAGGCUUGAGUCCUACAGAGGAGCAUGGGUGGAUCAACUCCCCAACGUACUGUGGGCAUACCGCACCACUCCGAGGAGGGCGACGGGAGAAACGCCGUUCUCCAUGUGUUAUGGCGUGGAGGCAAGGGCACCCUCAGAGGUGUUCAUCCCAACAUGGAGGGAAGAGAAUUAUGAAGCUCAAGAAAACGAGGAGGCCAUGACGACCGACCUCCAUUUCAUUGAAGAAUGUCGGGAAAAAGCUUUCCUCAGAGCGAAAAAUUACCGAAGGCAGGUCAAAGAGUAUUACGACCGCAAGGUCAGAACAAGGGAAUUCCAAGUGGGGGACCUGGUGCUCAGAAAGAGGGAAGCCAGUCAGCCCACAGAAGGGGGAAAGUUCGCUAAGAGCUAUGAAGGGCCAUACAAGGUCACAGCCGUGCUUAGGCUGGGCACCUACAAGCUUUCCACGCUUGAAGGUCGCGAACUCGGCAGACACUGGAACACGCACAAUCUUAUUUCUCUCUACCUGUAAUGCACUGAGAACCGUAACCAGUCGGCCUCGGUAGCUACAAGAAGAGAGAAAUAAUAAUAACAAUAAGUUCUACUCAAUGAAAUACUCGCUUCCACGUGAAAUUUGGUUUGCUUUACGCAAUUUAUAACGCUGCUUAGCAACAUCGGG